ACCGAAACGAUCCGUUGGGUGCCCCUGAUUUGAUUAACAUUCUAGGAAUCAAUUCAGCUCUGACGAAACAAACGUGACCUUUUUACGAGGGAGCAUAUCCGCAUUUAAAAGACGUACACGGAUUUACGUCCUUUGCACGUAUUUUCUUGGUCAUUUUGACUUAUAUUAUUCAUAUCUUGCUCUUACUUAAAUAGAAGACGAGUCAGUACAUUUUCAGUUGGUCAAGUUUCAAGAAGUGGUGGCGUUACGGACCGUUACGCUGACUGAGAUAACGUGACGAACGUCACGCCUUCCCGUCAUUAUCGUGGCCGUGCCAGAUGUGAGAAAUGUAAAUGUUGAAGUCAAUUUAUUAAUAUUAUCUCCACACUGCAACUGUCGAGAAAAAAAAUGGAGUUCCCCUUUCCGCUGGAUGUAAUCUUGUUCUUCACAUCUGCAAUUGCUGGAUUUUUCAUCUACGCGAUCUAUUUUCGACCGAAAGAAUCGCUCAAGACGUACAAAAUGGUGUCGAAGCGUCUCAGAGCUUCUAGUUUGUGCAAGAGCCUCGGUCUGUACGAAUUUCACUCCAUCAAGGAUAAAUUUGCCACUGUGGAAGAAGUCUCGUUUGCAAUUAGAAAUGCCGGAUUAGAAAAGAGUAAUUUGAUUAUUGGUAUAGAUUUCACGGCGAGCAAUGAAUGGCAAGGGAGGAAAAGUUUCGGCGGAAAGUCACUUCAUCACAUCUUCAACAGCACGAGGAAAUUGAAUCCUUACCAGCGUGUGGUGCAGAUUGUUAGCAAAACAUUGGAGCCAUUCGACGAGGAUAAUCGAAUACCCGCUUUCGGAUUUGGCGACUCAUCGACGAAAGAUCAAAGUGUGUUUAGUUUUAACCAGGACGGUUCCCCGUGUAAAGGUUUGAAUGAUGUCCUGACACAAUACAGCGAAGUCGUGCGCCGCGUAACACUGAGUGGUCCAACUACAUUUGCCCCGCUUAUACACAAAGCUAUAGAGAUAGUUGAACAGGAGAAGGCUUAUACCAUUCUGGUAAUAGUAGCAGAUGGCCAAGUUGUCGACGAACAUGAACGAAGCACGAGACAAGCGAUUGUGGAAGCUUCGAAUUUUCCUCUCUCCAUCAUAGUUGUUGGGGUAGGAGAUGGUCCAUGGGACCGAAUGCAUGAAUAUGAUGAGUUACUCCCCCAAAGACGCUUUGAUAACUUUCAGUUUGUUGAAUACGAGGAUGUUGUACACAAUGCUAAAUAUCCAGACACUUCUUUUGCACUUCACGCUCUAAUGGAAGUACCGGAUCAGUACAAAGCGAUUAAGGAACUUGGCUUGGUUGAGGGAAAAUUAAAAAGCAACGAUGAUUAAGGGUAAUCCUCGUUUCAUGAAAUACAAAUUCGUACUUAUUGCCAUUUAGGUUUGUUUACUUAAGCAUUCAGAUAGAAAUCAUAACCGUAUCAAAUCCAUCUUUCAUAGCUUAUAAUGUUUUCACACUCUUUACAAAGACUGGAAAAUGUUGUCGAAAGGUUAUCUUGAGCUUGAAGUUAUUUAAAUUCACGUUGCCGUUAUUUGUUGUGAAUAAUUAUUAGGAAUCAAGGAUUAUUUAGUCUGAAACUAAUAAAACUCUUGAACAGUG